CAGCGCUCAGUGAAGCUACCGCUGCCAGAUACCGGAAGGAUCGCAUCUCAUAACGGAGAAAUGUCGCGCCAGAAGAUAAAGUGUGCGGGGAGCUGCACUAAUGUGACUCAGCUGUGUAUAGGAGUCAUGAGGCUACUAAGUGCCCUGAUCGUGGUGGCUGCUGCCUGUCGCUUUGCUGAGGCCACACUGUCAAAGACUGAUUCAAAAAAGGCUUCUAUCAACUCAUCAGAAAAAAAGACCCGCUUGUCUGAUGUUCCAGUGCAGUCCCGAGGGGUGGUUUCCACUGACAUUAAAGCCAAAGAUAUUCUUCAGGAGCAUGGAAGUUACUGUGCUAAGAAAACCAAGGAACGUCACGUGUCUGGGGAUGUGCUGGGAUACGUCACACCGUGGAACAGCCAUGGCUAUGACAUGGCGAAAACGUUUGCAGCUAAAUUCACCCUAAUCUCUCCAGUCUGGUUGCAAAUCAAGAGAAGAGGCAGAGAGUCUUACCAGGUUACUGGGCUCCAUGACGUGGACCAAGGAUGGAUAAAGGACAUUAGGAAGAAUUCAAAGAGCACAAAGAUUGUGCCGCGCAUACUGUUUGAUGGGUGGUCUUACCAAGACUUUGAAAGCUUGUUCAGCAGUGAAGAUGAAGUUGAGGAACUUGCCAGUGUCCUGGUGCAGUCUGCCAAGGAUGAGCGCUUUGAUGGCUUUGUGGUGGAAGUUUGGAGUCAACUGGGUGGGCACAAAAGACAGGAGCUGGUUCACUUGCUGACACAUGUUGGAGAGGCUCUUCACCUUGCUAAGCUACAAUUCAUCCUGGUUAUUCCCCCAGCAGUUGCACCAGGCACUGACCAGCUGGGCAUGUUUGGGAAGAACGAAUUUGACUUAUUGGCUCCUUUUGUGGACAGCUUUAGUCUGAUGACCUAUGAUUACUCAAACCCACAAAGGCCGGGACCCAACUCCCCUAUUUCCUGGGUACAAGCUUGUGUCCAGCUUCUGGAUCCGGAGUCCAAAUGGAGAAAGAAAAUACUGCUUGGACUGCAUUUUUAUGGAAUGGAUUACUCAGCUCUUGGGGCAUCUGGAGAGGCCAUCCUUGGAAGCAGGUAUAUCGAGAUCCUGAAGGAAUAUAAGCCAAAGCUGUUGUGGGACCAGCAUAUAGCAGAGCAUUACCUGGAAUACAAAAAGAAUAAAGGAGGGAAGCAUGCUGUCUUCUACCCAACAUUAAAGUCCAUACAGGUUCGUUUGGACCUUGCAGACGAACUAGGCACAGGAAUAUCCAUCUGGGAGCUGGGUCAAGGCUUGGACUAUUUCUAUGACCUUCUAUGAUUGUAAGCAAGUUGAUUUACAGGUCGGGGCUUUUCUCAUUGAAAUAGGAGAUUUGUGUUUCUUUGUGAAGAUAGACAUUUUAGUCUUUGGGAGAUGGAUGAAACUCUACAAUUCCAAUGGGACUAAUGAAGGUUUGGGUAUAAAUUGUGAAAAUGGUCUAGAAGUUGAGUUAAACAAUCAGAUACACAUAUGGCUUACAAAUGAAGAUGUUGGUCUAUUUAAUACAUU